CAUACUGGUGGACUCCAUUCAACUAAUUACAGGACUUCUAAAGAACACUGUCUGAACCACAACUCAUUCAGGUGAUGGUGAGCUGCUGCCCGUUGUUUAAGCCCUAAAAGAUGGAGGCCCUGGCCAAGGGGGGCUAAACACCGUUUCCUGGAGUACAUCCGGUCAAUGAGGAGGCUGAACCCUUGCCUUGCCAGGUGGGCCCUGUUCUUUUGACGUUGUCCUACAUUCCUGGGUGCAAGAAUGUAAGGGCAGAGCCCCUAUCCCGCUUGUAUGACACGGAGGAGAGGCCACUAGAUGACAGCCCCAAUCUGCCUGACUCCUGCAAAGUGGCACCUGUGGUAUGGGAGCUGGAUAACAAGAUCCAGCAGGCCAGGUGCCGUGAACCAUCCCCUGCUCUAUGUCCAGCUGGUCUCCAGUAUGUGCCUGCCACUGUGCGGGACAGGCUCAUCAAUUGGGCCCACACAACAUCCUCCUCCGGUCAUCCUGGUAUUGAGCAUACUUUGUUUGUUGUCUCACCGCCUUAUUCUGGUGGCCCACCUUGGCUAAGGAUGGGAGGGUGUAUGUCUCCUCCUGCUCAGUAUGUGCCCAGAGUAAGGCGCCAAGACACCUCCCCUCAGGGUUUCACCACCAUCCUGGUUGUUGUGGACCGGUUCUCAAAAACCUGCCAGCUCCUCCCUCUGCCUGGUAGCCCCACGGCCCUGCAAACUAAAGCACUUUUUACCCAUGUCUUCCAGCACUAUGGGAUUCCGGAGUACAUAGUGUCUGACCGUGGGCCCCAGUUAAUCUCAAGGGUCUGGAAAGCAUUCAUGGAAUGUUUAGGGGCCACGGUCAGUCUGACCUCCGGGUUCCAUCCCACGUCCAAUGGGCAGGUGUAGUGAACCAGGAAGUGUGAACCAGGAAGUGGGUAGGUUCGUGAGGUCAUACUGCCAGGACCGGCCGGAGCAUGGCCUCAACCAUUGUGGAGCAACCUCUUUCAGAGAAAAGGAAACAUGAUGUGGUUGAUGCUAACAAAGAAAAAAAGAAGCAGAAAUGUAGUCCUACAACUGAAAAGCUUGACACUGAAAAUAAGGCGGAGGUGAAGAAGAUAAUGCAAAGUGUCAGAUCCAAGCUUUAUGGAAUGAGUUCUACAAAACUUAUUGAAUUCCUCAGAAAUAAAAUUGAUAUGUUGGAUAAGGAUAGAAAAGAGAUGGUGGGUGUUUUUGGGAAGACUGGAGCUGGUAAGAGCUCCUUAAUAAACGCCAUCUUGGACGAGACGAAACUGCUUCCUUCUGGAAACGAAGGGGCGUGUACCUCAGUGAUGAUUCAGGUGGAGGCCAAUAUGACUAAUGAGAAAUACAUCGCAGAGAUUGAGUUCAUUUCAGUUCAGGAUUGGAAAGAUGAGCUAUCGUACAUCAUAGAACGCAGAUCUUUUCAGGAGAAAGACGAUGAAGACAAGGAAAUGGAUGACAAGGAUGAUGAUGAUGAAAAGAUAAAUGCUUUUUAUGGAAAAGACGGACAUGGAAAAGAUUUAGAUCAACUAAUGGAUAAAAAGUAUUUCCGAGAAAUUCCAGAAUUUAAUUUAUCACGUAAAAAAACUUUUAAUUAUGACACAGCUGAAGAACUCUCUAAAAAGAUAGCUUGUUUCACAUUGAGUGACUCAAACAGUGAUACAUUUGAACAAAUGUAUUGGCCACUUGUGAAAUGUUUAACAAUCAAGGUGCCAAACUCUAAAGACCUACUGGAGCAUGUUGUGCUGGUGGAUCUGCCAGGCAAUGGAGACUGUAACAAAAGCAGAGACUUGAUGUGGAAAUCGUUUAUAGGAAAAUGCUCUGCUGUUUGGAUUUUGAGCGACAUUUCACGAGCAACUUCAGAAAAGGAACCUUGGGAGAUUUUAAACAGCACUGUUAGCCUCUUUGGACCAGGAGGAGAAGGCAGAAGCAUCAACUUCAUCUGCACCAAGACAGACGACAUUGAGGAGAGUCAAAAGGAUGAUGCAUGCACCCGUAUUUUGGCCAGAAAUAUAAGAACCAAAAAAAAGGUUAAAGAAAUUUUCAAAAAACAAACAAAUAUAAAGAAUCACUUCAGUGACGCAGAGGGUGUCUUUAAGGUGUUUACUGUAAGUUCCAAGAAAUACAACAUGGAAAAGCAGAGUGAACCAGAUGAAAAAGCAGGUGCAAAAACAGAACAGUGGACGAAGGCUCUUAAUGAUACAGAAAUACCUCGCCUUCAGGAUGUUCUUAGAAAUCUCAAUGAUCAUCACAAAAGGACAUCAGAUUAUAUUUGUAGAGUGGAUGGGAUUCUCUCUCUGAUACAGGCAGCCAGAAACAGCGACAAGACGGACAACAAAAAAGUGUGCCUGCUUUUGGAAGAGAGGCUGGAGGAAAACCUUAAUUCCAUUGUUAAAUACAUGGACAAGACUUAUGAGGCUUUUGAUAAAUGCCUCACUGAUGGAGUUGAAGUUUCAGAAAAGUCCUGCAAGAAACUAUUGAAUAAUGAAAUCCAACCAGUCGGGAAAACAGGUCGUGGAUAUCAUAGAGUAGUGAAGUGUUUAUGCCAGAAUGAUGGCAUUCACAGACCAAAAGGGAAAAAUAAAAAGGAAAAGAACAUUAAUGAGAGUUUAAGCUCAUGCAUGAGAAGUUGUAUUGGUAAAACAUUUACACAUUACUUCCCAAAUGACAAAAGUGGCCCAAUCAAGAAGAUGAUUGAGAACUUCACACUUGACACAAACAACUUGGUUGAGAAGAACAUGAGUGUGUCUCUGCAUCUGACAUUCCUUAAGACAGAGGAAAAUGAGUUGAAGACACAACUAAUCUGUGACCUCCUUAAGAGAAAGAAGGAGAUCUACUUGACUCUAACCGAGUCAAUCAAGGACUCCAUGCAUGUGGCCUAUGAAAGUGCAUCAAAAUAUACAGGAGAAGAUUCUCUGAAAAAUAUGAAAAAUGAGCUACAUCAGCACUUGGAGAAAGCGAAUAUUUUCCAGAAGGCCAAGAAAGAGAUGCUCAAAGGAUUAACUGACCUGAAGGAGCACAUUAGGGAAGAACUGGAGCGUAAAUUAGAAGAAUCAAUCAACAUCUCAUUGAAGACUCCCGACAGCUCGCUCCUCCCAGAUGUUACUGAGGAUUUUAACAAGAUUAAAGAGCUGAUGGUUUGCCUUAGUACAAGACAUGUGCCCACAAUAUUGGAUCCUCACACAAAAAACACAGGAUUUCAGUCUCAGCCUGAAAAGGGACAGAAGCAUGUGCAGGGGUCAAGAGGUUUAACUAGUCAACCUACCUUCAGGCCUACCUAUAGCCUCCAAUGCCCCGAGGCAGGUCUUUUCCAGUGUGAUUCAACUGGACUGGUGUUUGAGAUGACUGGGAAGGGAGAUGUGCUUUACCAGAUGAGUCAAUGGUACACCAGCCACAUGGGCUCCAUGACUCCAGCGGGACCCCUAUUCAGCAUCAACUGCCCUGCAGUCCCCCAACUGCAUCUCCCACACUGUAUGUGUGACGAUGAGGAAGAAGUCUUGUCAGUGGCUCAUUUUACUGGCGGCACAAUGGAGAUUGUGAAGCCACUCAAGACAACUGCCUCACAUGUGGUUGUAAACAUCCCAAACCCUUCCCUAGUUGGCCUCAUCAGAUGUGGUGUGUCUACACUCCCUGUCCAAAGCCAGGUGCUGCUGUUCCUCUGUCCGCAAGGGAACACAAACCAAAAGGGGAUACUGAAUGUUUUUUUGUUGCCCAAGAAUGUGCCGAUCUUUGAGGUGGAACAUCAACAGAAGGGGAGUACUGUCAUUAAAACCAGUUCUGAAUGCACUUUGAUUACUGGAAGAAAAUAUGGUCUCUGUUGUGAGCUAGUGGACUAUAACAUAAGUCUAAAAAGGGUGCAGUAUGAUGGUGACUACAGCCCAAACUUUCUACCUACAUUUCAGGUGUAUUUGGAAUGUAUUUCAGAUGCCAAGAACAUGAACCUGACUCUUAUAGACAGAGAGAAUAAUGACCAGAAAGUCUGGGAGUGUGUAGUUCAAACCGGUUAGUAAAAUGCCAGCUGGUUACGAAAGUUGCCCCCUUCCACUGUUUUCAACUCAUGGGAUAAAUUCAUCUGAUUAAACUUUCUUCUCAACUUUAACAUGUAAAGCACAUUUAAAAUGCAGAUAGACAGUUGCACAUUGUACUGUUUUCUGGUCCAGCCAUCAUAUCCUGAGGUAAAAUCUUCUAUGUUAAACUCUGGUUAUUGCUGUUUACCAAAGUUUCCAUUAGUUUGUUCCUGUACUUUACUUUUUUUAUUUGAAUUUAAUUAAAUCAAAUCAGUGUAGCAAAUUAUAUUACAUUUUAGAUGUAUAGUUACUCUUGUUUAUUUCAUAGUCCUUUAUUACACUGACAUUUACAAAAUUGUUACGCUAUUAAAUGAAUAUUACUUUUUUAUUACUUUUUCUCUUGUAGUAAUCAUGUAUUGAGGGUUUAUUUUAUGAA